CUUGGACUUCUCGAACUACCAUUCCUCUGUUCACACACAGACGCACACAUAAGACUCUUUCUCACCGGCCAUUCUUCUCCGUUUCCACGAACUUUCUUCCUUCCCUUAUUUAACACUUGCCCUCAAUUAACCGCCCCUUUCAACUUCACCCAACAGUUCACAAGAAACAUUCUCGCGCUUCCACCAGAAUUUCAAUGGCUGACUCGGAUCACUCCUCUCACGAUGCAACAACAUCCGUGGACUCUAGAGGGGAUAAUAAUAACAGUCAGGAUCCAAAGCUCCUGGAUUUCUCUGAAGAUGAGGAAACCCUUAUAGCUAGGAUGUACACUCUGGUUGGCCAAAGGUGGUCGCUGAUCGCGGGGCGGAUUCCGGGGAGGACGGCGGAGGAGAUCGAGAAGUACUGGACUUCAAGAUGUUCCGAAUGGCGAAUGAACAGAGAAACUUAGAUGUCCUGGGAGAAGUUUUUCCCUGCCCUCUUUUAAGAGAAGGAAAGUUUUCAGGAAAAGUUUCUGGGACUUU